CUUCCUCUGAACGCGGUUGGGUCCACGCUGUCAAGGGUGCAGGCCAACAAGAGAAGCGGCUGGGGUUUCGAGGUGUAUCGUGGUAGGGGCUCGAGAGGAAGCGACGAAGAAGAGGGUAGAGCAGAGAAGCAGAGAUGCCGUGCCUCGAUCUCUCCACGAACGUGAGCUUGGAUGGGGUCGACACCUCCGCCAUCCUCUCCGAGGCCACCAAGACUGUCGCCAAGCUCAUAGGCAAACCCGAAGCCUACGUAAUGAUAGUACUCAAAGGAUCAGUACCGAUGUCAUUUGGGGGGACUGAACAGCCAGCUGCAUAUGGCGAAUUGGUUUCCAUUGGAGGCCUGAAUCCUGAUGUAAACAAGAAACUGAGUGGUGCUAUUGCUUCAAUUUUAGAAACUAAGUUGUCUGUUCCCAAGUCACGAUUCUUUAUCAAGUUUUAUGACACAAAGGGCUCAAACUUUGGGUGGAACGGUUCUACUUUCUAGGUUCGGUGCUUGCCUGCUUUGUUGCAGUGAUAUGUUGGAACAUAUGCUAUGAGCAAAAUGACUAUUAUGAACUUAAGAUUUUAUUUGGUUUGGCCUAACUGUGGUAUUUUACUUUUGACCUUAGCUACAUAACCAUAUCAUGGCAGAACAUGAAUCUGCCAGUAUUAUGAUCAUCUUUGUCUGAACCAAUGGUGUUGACAAGUACUAGAUUAUGCAAGAUUUCUAUUUCAAUUGAUUGUCUUUGAUUAUGCUAAA